AUGGAGCAUCUUGGGAACGACUAUUAUGUGCGGCAGUAUAUAGACUCAGUGGAAGCUAAAAAAGCAGAAAGGUGAUGUCCAAAUUGUUGGGUUUUACAUGAAUAUUGCAUAUGCAAAAAGCUUACUCCUCUUGAGAAUAUUCCAAACAUUGAGCUUAAGGUAUUUAUGCAUUACAAAGAGUACAAGAAAACAUCUAACACAGGAUGCAUAAUUAAAAAAAUGCUUCCAAAUAACACAGGUUUGUAUAUUCAUGGGUUAGAUGAUGAUAAAAAUAGGCUAUUAGAAGAAAUGAAGGAUGGGGUAAAUUCAUGUGUUUUGUAUCCUGGAGAGAAAUCUAUUUCGUUUGAUGAAUGGAAAAAUAGCUUGGACAUGGAUCUUCCCAUUAAAGCAGUGCUGUUAGAUUCUACGUGAGCUCAAGGGAAAAAGCUGAAUAAGGUGAUCCCAAAAAUGAUACCACGAGUUCAGCUAACGGCGCCAAAGCCAUCACUUAUUAUGAGUAAACGUCAGUCUAAUAACACAAAUCUAUGUAAUCUUUAUCUAAUUAAUUUUAAUGCUUAGUCUAAUAAGAGAAAUAAUAAUAAGUUUAAUAAUUUAUUCAAACAUCAACAAUUUACUUUAGAAUGUGCAGCCUUAUUUUUACAGCUCCUAGGUCACAACGUAGAAUCUGCCAUGAAAGAAGCUUUCAUGCUCAAAGACAAAGCCUCCCUACGACAAAAAAAUAAAUGUGUCCUCCUUUCACAGCUAGAACAAGACGACCAUUACGAAAAAUAA